AUGAGUUGCCUCAAGGAUUUUACAAAUCAGCUGCAGACAUUAAAGACUCAGAUAUUCAAGCAGACCGCAGAUAGAAACUCAUCCAACAAAGGUCAGCAACAGAGGGGGUCGGGGGGGAUUCCUCUGACCAGGAAGGUGUGUUAUGCUGUAGGUGGGGUCCCGUAUCAGAUCACUAACGUGGCUAUUGGUGUUUCCCUGCAGAUUUUCCUUCUGGAUGUUGUGCAGAUGGAGGCUUUCUAUGUGUCCAUGAUUUUAUUCUUGAGUCGAGCCUGGGACGCUGUGACUGACCCUCUGGUUGGAUAUCUGGUGAGCCGCAGCAAAUGGACACCCAUCGGCAAACUCACUCCCUGGCUGGUUCUCUCGUCGCCGUUUGGUGUCCUGUCCUAUCUGCUGCUGUGGUUUGUGCCACAAGGCUCGACGUCUCAGGCUCUCAGCGUGCUGUGGUUCCUCACAGCGGCCUGCCUGUUUGAGACCCUCAUGAGUUGCUACAACGUCCCUUACCUCUCACUCAACAUGUUCCUGGGGGGAGAUCAGAGAGACAGAGACUCUGCCACAGCCUACAGAAUGAGUGUGGAGAUGGUGGCGAUGCUGCUGGCUUCUGUCAUUCAGGGGCGAGUUGUAUCUGUGUACAACACUGAAAAGCAGGAGGCCUGUCUGCAGCAGGACCAGGAUCAUGAAAACCCUCCAAGCUCAUCUCCACCACUUCAGGAAACGCAAAGGGCUUUCCUGACCUCAGCUUUGGUCUUAGGUGCGCUGUUUUUCCUCUGUAGCCUGGUUCUCUUUCUAGGAGUGAAGGAACAGCGGGCUCCACUCUGCUCUGAUGACAAAGUACGACCGGCGUAUCUGACCUCUCUUAAGCUGCUGAUAUGCCACAUUCCUUACCAGCGGCUGGUGCUUGGCUUUGUGUUCAGUGCACUUGCAUUUCAGAUGUCCUUGGGUAAUUUUGCCCUUUUUUGCAGUCAUGCAGCUGGACUGGGGGCCCAGUUCCAGCACCUCCUACUGGUUUUACUGGCUUCUGCUUCAAUAGCUGUUCCUUUGUGGCAAGUUGUUCUUCUGAGAAUCGGGAAAAAAGCCACACUUUUCAUCGGACUUUCACUCUUCAUCCCUGCUGUGAUUAUAGUCGCUUGCGUUCCCAGCAACCUGCCAGUCUUCAUGACUAUGUGCACUCUGAUGGGAUUCAGCGUGGCGACCAUAUUCUUGCUACCCUGGUCGAUGCUCCCAGAUGUGGUGGAUGACUUUGCUGUGAGACACCCCUCCUGCAAAGACCUGGAGCCACUGUUUUUCUCCUGUUAUGCCUUCUGCAAUAAGCUGGCAGGAGGGCUCUCUGUGGGAAUCUCAACUAUGACUCUGCAGUUCGUGGGCUACACAGCGGGUGCCUGUUACCAUGGUGAAGGAGUGGUGACGGCUCUGAUUGUGCUGUUCUCACCAGUUCCCAUCACACUUCUGCUGAUAGGGAUGAUAUUCUUUCGCUCUUACCCGAUCAAUGAAAGGCAAUGUUUGCAGCUCCAGGAACAACUGACCACAGUUCAGUAA